GUGUACCGAAAAACAACAUGGUGUGGACCGAAAAACAACAUGAUGAGGGCGAAGAGGAAUGAUGGAGAACAGCAUGCUGAAGUCAAUCGGAUAUGUCUUUAUGUAGUGACCAGUGAAUGACUGAACUGACCAGUCAACAUGACCAGCUAGCUGAACUGAUUAGUCAACUGUGCUGACCAUCAAAGUUAAACUGACCAGCCAAAUAAUGCAGCCACCUGAAUGACAACAUGCACAGUCAACAAAAGAUCCUCCCCCAGUGAUGGCUCAGGUCCACCACACCCUGUGUAAUUAUACACACAGGUUGUUAGGCAGACACUGGCGGUCAAAGGUUAAACGACACAACUGUCGUAGACCAAUACAUGUGGGUAAUGCAUGUUUGUGUGAUCAUCAGAAAGAGAAUGCUAGAAAAAAUGAAAUUGGCAUUCAAAUGUUAUCACCUAAUCUUCGUGAACAGUUGUUUGGCAAAGAAAUUGAACAAAAAUCUGUGACAGAUAAAAAUGAAGGCAGUGAUGGCAAGGCCGAAAUGGCGGCGAUAAGAAAACACCUGUCUGCUCAUGGUUUAUGGGGGAGGGAGUCAACAAUCUUACCGGAUGUGGAUAUUAAGAUACCUGAGUUAAAAGGUAAGAAUGUGGCAGAGCACAUGCAAAACCUGGCACAGCAGCAGGUGGGUGGAUACCAGACUCUUGCCAGCCUCAUGGCUAACCCAGAAUUUAAGUUUCCUCCUAAACCUAAAACCUGGGCAAUGUCGCCAGGAUGGACAAAGUAUGACAGUGAGACGAAAAAGACAGUGAAAGUUGACUUUCCUGAAGAGAACAUUCUGGUGUUUGAUGUGGAGGUGUUAGUUCCGGAGGGAAAUUACCCAACCAUGGCUACUGCUGUGUCUCCUAAACACUGGUACUCGUGGUGUAGUGAGCUGGUGUUGAAGGACCGUUACCGCUGGACCAAGGUGCCAUUCCUGUCAGACCUCAUCCCUCUGGAGUCCGGACCUGUUGUAAAUGGCCAGUCGCCGAAGGACUGGCCACAGCGACUCAUCAUUGGCCACAAUGUGGGCUUUGACCGAUCUUUCGUGAAAGAACAGUAUUAUGUACAGAAAUCUAAACUUCGGUUUUUGGACACAAUGUCCAUGCACAUUGCCAUUUGUGGCCAGACAACAUACCAGAGGAUUCUAUACCAGGCAACAAACAAAGCUAGUAACAGAAAGGAAGUACGGGAGCACACAGCCCGCACCAAACACAUGCAAGUUGAUGAUGAAUGGAAGAUGGUUAGCACACUGAAUAACCUGAACGACGUUCACAAGCUUCAUGUUGGGGGAGGUAACCUAAACAAGGAAACCAGAAAUGUUUUUGUGAAGGGAACAAUGAAGGAUGUGCGAACAAAUUUUCAGGAGUUAAUGGAGUAUUGUGCAAGUGAUGUGGUAGCUACAACAAAAGUUUUUCAGCAGUUAUAUCCAGAAUAUAGGAAAAGAUUUCCACAUCCUGUAACAAUGGCUGGUAUGUUGGAGAUGGGAACUGCCUACCUGCCUGUGAAUAAGAACUGGGGCCGCUACAUUGACGAAUCCAACAACAUAUAUAACGAUCUGCAGAGAGAGCUGAAAUUGUCACUGAUGAAACUGGCCGAUGAGGCAUGUCAACUUCUACACAGCAAAGAGUACAAGAAUGAUCCGUGGCUGUGGGAUCUAGACUGGCAGGUAGCUAACAUCAAAAUGAACAAAGAGAAGAAAACUGGCAAAAAGAAUCCAAAUCAAGAAGACAGAGAUGAAAAUGACACAGACAAAAUCAUCGCCAGAACUUAUGCCACAAAAAGUAGGGUCCCAAAGAGACCUGUACACACACCAGGCUACCCCAAUUGGUACCGUGCUUUGUGCCCAAAGAAUUCCGACCCAGACUGGAGUGUUGGUCCAUCUCUCAUCAGCACCCAGGUCAGGAUUACGCCCAAACUGAUGAGGCUGACCUGGGAUGGCUACCCUCUGCACUAUAGUGAAAAAUAUGGCUGGGGCUAUCUUGUACCUGACCCAGAAAAGGCUGCCAGGGAUAUGCAAGAACUUGAUAAUCCAGAGAAGCAGGAAAAAGGGAAGCCAAGGUUUCCGAUAGAGUCUGUGUUGAAGUUGUGUGGAAUGGCUGUCCCCGGUGACUUGGAGAAUCCUGAUUCCCUUAGAAACUUUGAGGAUACAAUGAAUUCUGUGAUGAAGGAUGCAGCUGUGGAUCUGGACUUACACGAGAGAAUGCGUCACUUGGACAAGGCUAAAAUCAAACGAGAAAGAAGACUUUCUGUAUUACAUGAUCGGGAAAAAGGGCAAGCUCUGGAGCCUAUGGAUGAUGAGAAUAUACCAGGGUGCCACUUUGUCCCGCUUCCUCACAAGAAUGGUAAAGGUUACCGGGUGGGCAAUCCAGUGGUGCGGGACUACAUCAGUAAGAUUGAGGCAGGCACACUAAAGGCUUUGUUGGGUACAAGUGCACAGCGCAUUCUCACACUGGGCAGCAUGUCAUCCUACUGGAAAAACAACAUGAAGAGAAUAGAGAGCCAGAUGGCCCUUGGUCUGACAUCACAAGACCUGCCUGAUACCAUCACCAGUAAUCAGGAUUAUGAUGAGAAGGAUUACCUGGGUGCCAUCGUUCCCCGGAUUGUCCCAGCAGGAACCAUCACCAGACGGGCGGUAGAACAGACGUGGCUGACGGCCAGUAAUGCUUACCCAGAUCGUGUGGGCAGUGAACUCAAGGCCAUGAUACAGACCCCACCCGGCUACAAGUUUGUCGGGGCUGAUGUCGACUCGGAGGAACUGUGGAUAGCAGCACUCAUAGGGGAUGCACAUGCUAAGAUCCAUGGAUGCACUGCAUUUGGCUGGAUGACUCUGCAGGGCAAGAAGAGUGACAAGACCGACCUCCAUAGUAAGACUGCUGAUACUGUGGGGAUCAGCCGGGACCAUGCCAAGAUAUUCAACUAUGGGCGCAUUUACGGAGCAGGAAGAUUGUUUGCCCAGCGAUUGUUAAUGCAAUUCAAUCAUAGACUGACAGCAGCAGAGGCCACAAAAAAGGCAAACAUAAUGUAUUCCAGCACCAAGGGCUCACGAAAGAAGAAAUUGCAAGAAAGUGCAGACGGGACACUAUUUUAUAAAACAGUUUGGGCUGGUGGCAGUGAGAGUGAAAUGUUUAACCAGCUGGAAGCCAUAGCGACCAGAGAAAGCCCUACCACACCGGUCCUUGAUUGUCACAUCAGUAAGGCCCUGGAGCCCCAGUAUGUCGGUGAUGAUUUUAUGACGAGUCGAGUUAACUGGGUGGUACAGAGCUCGGCAGUGGAUUACCUCCACCUGAUGCUGGUAUGUAUGGGUUGGCUGAUUAAAGAGUAUGAUAUCGACGCCCGUUUCUCAAUCAGUAUCCAUGAUGAGGUACGCUACCUGGUGGCAGACAAGGACAAGUAUCGCGCAGGACUGGCACUACAGAUCACCAACCUUCUCACACGCUCCAUGUUUGCAUAUAAACUUGGCAUGAAAGAUCUUCCUAGGUCUGUUGCGUUCUUCAGUGCUGUGGACAUCGACACGUGUAUGAGGAAGGAAGUGACAUUGGAUUGCAGGACGCCCUCCAACCCGCGAGGAAUGGAGAUGGGUUAUGGUGUAAUGAAUGGUGAGGCACUGGACAUUUUGGAAAUCCUGGAGAAAACUGAUGGCGGCCAGCUUAGGGUGAACCCUGAGAUAGAAAGACUGUCUGAUGAGGCAACCGAUGAUGAGACAGCCGAUAAUGACACAAUUUAUGGAUAGACAAGCAUAUGAUGUGAUGUAAAUGUGGACACUAACAGCAGAAAGCUGAAUGGAGACAACCUUUACAGUGUUUAUUUUCUAGUGUGCCAAUGUAGUUAUGUACAAAUAACAAUGUCCCACUUUUAUGAUUGUUGUUGUUAGUGACUGAAACAUUAACACUUUGCCACUGUUGUGUUCAGAGACUGACAUCUCAGCCCUUUACAAAAUUUUCUGAUCACCGACUGACAUCUUAAACCUUUGUUAUUUCCAGUUUGGCUGAAUUUCAGGAUGGAAUAGGAUCAGAAGGAAAUGCAUUACAGUUAAAAUAUUCCUCUCAUACUGGUUCCUGGUACUAAAUAAGAUUCAUAAUUCCUUAAGAUUGCACCUUCUGUAAUUAUUCCAGGACCAUUGUUUCAACAUCUACUUAAGAUACAUUUCACAAGUUGCUAUAUGGGUAAACUUGUAACAUGUGGUCUAAGGUUUAGAGUAAUGUGUGUGUGUAAAGAAAUGAUAAUGUGUGUAUGGUUGAGUUUACCUUGUAAAUGUUGGACCAUGAUUAGUAAGAGGAGAUAACCUUAAGCAUCAUCACCACGUUUUUAUCUGUAUUUAGUUUUAACUGAACUAUUUUUACUUGUAUUGUAAUUAUCAACAUGAUAACUAAGUAUGAAAGGUAUGUGUUUGUUUCGUAAUGUUGAGCAUUUAAUCCAAGUUAAUUUUAACAGUUGUCUUUAAUUUUGACAAACACAUCGAGUCAUAGACUUCCCCUUGAAAAAGGAAUGUAAGUAAGAGUGGUCGACCAUUGGUAUGCUUGUCUUGUUGUAUACGCUAAAAAUAUGAAGUAAUCUCAUCACAUUAUACACUUCAAUCCCAUCAUGAUAGGCUGUAAGCUAACCAACACCAUGUAUUUCCUUUAGGCCAAACAAAAAGUAUUUUGUAUUUCCAGUAACUCUGCGUACCCUAACUUGUUGUGCCUACCCUAAACUUUUUAAGGCAAUUUUCAAAGAUGCACUGUUAAAGUCAAGAACAUUCUCCAAUAUAAACCAUAUGGAAUUAUUAUUAAAAAUAAAACUUGUUACCUACUUACCUACCCUAACUUUUUCCAAUGUGUUACUGGAAACAUAUAUUUUGUCUGGCUUAUAUGGUAUUAUAUAAGACACAUCUACUUUCAAAUGACAGGGUCUCAGGAUUUACCUUGCCUCUACUUGAAAUUUACAGUCAGGACAUAUACAUUCACAACCAUAAAAUUAUCUUUUAGUAAGUCAACAUUAUCACAGGACUGGCUACAGCUGUAAGGCAGUCCCUAAUUAUGGGUGAAGUUCAAGUCCAAACUAUUCUUGAUUAACCCCUGUAGUAUCCCAAUAAAUGUCCCAGGAGUUGGACUAAUAGGGGGAGGGGGCUGCAGAAUUUAAUCUUGAGUUUUAUGUUAAACUAGGCAGUUUUAACUACCGGUAACUGAAAUGAGGUCAUUCCAAUAUAAAAUACUCUACAACUCUACAAUAAGAAAGCAUGAGAGUACUUGCCAGUUAAUUAAGAUACAAUGUGAAAAGAUCAAUAUAAUUGUGGUAGGAUUCAUUUGUGAGAAGUAUGUACCACUUUGUUGAUGUUCAGGGCAUUCAUUGUUAUAUCUAUCAAAUGAUAGGUUUGUAUUUUGUUACAGAUUUGUGGAAAACUUUAUAUAAUAAAUAUUUUACGA